AUGUCUGCCUUUCAGAAACCCCCACAGGCAGGCUUGCUAGACUACAGCUCAGCUCGGUCCCUGAAUGAUGGCUCGUUUUCCAACUACCAGGGGUCGUAUCUGACUUCGUCGCUCGUCCCAUCUCCUAUGCCAGACCAGGCCAGUCAAAUAUCCGAUGGUGUUUCAUAUCUUGCGAGUCACGAGUAUGCUAGCUCUUACGGGGAGGCUCCGUCUCCCAUGUUGAAUGCGGAGUCCCGUCAGUUGCCCGAGAUCAACUCGUAUUCUCCUAUCAGAGGACCCGAAGGAACAAAAGUGUUUGUGGAGAUUCAGACUCCGUAUGAUCUUCACAACACACCGUACGCCCAUUCCUACCUCGUUUUCGGCAGCAAGAAAUGCGAAUGCAUUCCCCAUUUUGUCGGCUUCAACGGCCCAAAUUUCACAUACGCCCUGUCUGUCGAGGCUCCUCAGUUCAUUGCCACUGGAUGCCCCUCCUUUGCUGUUCCCUUGCAAGUGGCAAUGGGCAGCCAAGACGAAUGUGCCGCUACAACCCUCCAAGUUGGCGUCUAUACUUACGAACAGCCUUCCCACCCUUCGCCAUCGGACGAAUCGCGCAAGAGACGCAUGGAGUCUUUCUCGGACAACACCGUCCCCAGACCAUCCAAGAGAUGCUCUGUGCAACAGAUGCCGGCCAACGAAACACCAGAGAACUACCAAUACCAAGAUCAUCGCUCUGCCUCUUACUCACCUUACGUCCAGUCCCUUCCUACAAUGAAUGGUGGAUUCGUCACCCCUUACCAUGCGGCUCCAUCACCCAGGGUUGGCCAGGUGCAAUACUCGACCGUGUCGGCCACGCCUCAGCCCAGCAUUCGAGCGCCAUCUCCUCUCACCCCCUCGUGGAGCCCAUCUUUUGUCCCGGUCAGCAGCGAUGUCAGAAACUCUAACCUUGCCAUCGCCCACAGUCUCCGUCAACAGAAGCCAUCCUCGCCGGCCGGACGCCACAACCCCACUCUGAUCCGGACAUCUACACUGCAGCAUGGCAACGGCAUUGGUCAGACCCAAACAUUCAACCCAUACGCCAUCUAUCCUUCCAAGGCCAUCUUGAAGCUCAAUGGCGACCUCGAUUCAAUGACCGAGAACUGGAGCAAAGAGGAGCGGGACGCCAAACGGCGCCUGGUUCAGUUCACCCGAAUGCAAAGUGGCAGCACCAUUCACGCAGAUUUCAAACCCGUUGCCCCUGAGGAUCGAGCACCCAACAGCAUCUGCAUUAGCUGCAUCCACUGGGAUGGCAAGGACGAAUGCUUCGUGACCAGCGUGGAUACCAUCUACCUGCUCGAGUCGCUUGUCGGAGUUCGAUUCACCGUCGAAGAGAAAAACCGAAUUCGACGAAACUUGGAGGGAUUCCGACCCCUCACUGUUUCCAAGGCCAAGCAAGACAGCGAGGACUUCUUCAAAGUUAUCAUGGGAUUUCCCGCACCAAAGCCCAGGAAUAUCGAGAAGGAUGUCAAGGUUUUCCCAUGGAAAAUUCUGAGCCAUGCUCUGAAGAAGAUCAUUGGCAAAUACUCUGCUAGCUACUCCUCUACCGCUGCCGCUUUGCCGACACCUAUCGGUUCGAACUACGCCAGCAAUGGAACUGGUUCGGACUCUGGAACCGAACACAACGCUGGAUCGCCCCAGUCCAUGUCAGACACAGCCCCCUCGAGCACCUAUGGACCCAGCAUGGCAACACCCGCAUAUUCCCCUCACACAGAUCACUCUGUACCUCCGAUGAACGGUGCCCCUGAGCUGCGGACUGUUUUGCCAGCCGUUAGCCAGCCCUACCAUUCCGUCCCCGCGCCUUACGCAUAUCCCACCGUCUGCCAGCAGCAAAGUCUUCCUGCUCUCACUGCAUCAGUCAACAGGGCUUCUUGGGAUCUGAACUCCCUUGUCAACCACCCCGCCAGCGCACCCCAGAGCACCUACAAUUAUAUGGGCCAGGUGCCUUAUCCUCUCCACGACCAGCCUCAUGGUCCCUGA